UUUGCUAAAAGGUGCGGCGCGGCGCCGCGCUGCGGCAGUCCGCCAUCCGACGUCCGCCGAGGAGGAGCAACCAGGCUGCAGCACUAUCGAGAGAGCCGGCGAGUUGCGGAGAUCGGCGGCAGAUGCGGGAGUCGUCCGACUAAAAUGAAAAGAGAACCGUAGCCCUCUGGUGAUAGUUCCGGUACGGCAAAGGCGAGCGCGAUCUGACGAUGAGCGCGGCCGAGUUCUUCGACAAAGCGGAAGUCGUGGCCAUUCCGAUGCCGGCCACGGACGGAGAGGCGGAAGGGGCGCCGCGGCUGUCCAACAUGGUGACGAGCACGACGACGACCGCGACGACGACGACGACGACGACGGACGACGACGAGAACAACAACACGGAGGCGGCCGCCGACGACGGGUACUCGCCGCUGCGGUCGCCCAUCGACUCGAUGGCCAGCUACGGCGACGACUCGCGCACGCUGCUCAACCCCGCGGUCUGGAGCCGCGCCACGCCCGCCUCGCACCUCAGCAGCGCGCGCUCUGGCGCCUCCAGAAGGAGCCGCUACCGCAAGGUGCGCCGGCGAGUCGUCCUGAAGAGCGGCGAGUGCAAUGUGGUGCAGACGCACGUGGCGCAGCGCCGCCUGCGCUACAUGCAGGACAUCUUCACGACGCUGGUGGACACGCAGUGGCGCUGGACGCUGCUCGUCUUCGCGCUCGGCUUCAUCCUCAGCUGGCUGGCGUUCGCCGUCAUCUGGUGGCUGAUCGCCUUCACGCACGGCGACCUGGAGCCCGAGCACCAGGAGGACGACUCGGGGUGGCGGCCGUGCGUCGUCAACCUGAACAGCUUCGCCUCGUGCUUCCUGUUCAGCAUCGAGACGCAGCACACCAUCGGCUACGGGUCGCGCAGCACCACCGAGGAGUGCCCCGAGGCCAUCUUCGUCAUGUGCCUGCAGAGCAUCUGCGGCGUCAUGAUACAGGCCUUCAUGGUGGGUAUCGUGUUCGCCAAGAUGUCGCGGCCGAAGCAGCGGACGCAGACGCUGCUGUUCAGCCGGAACGCCGUCAUCUGCCUGCGCGACGGGCUGCUGGCGCUCAUGUUCCGCGUGGGCGACAUGCGCAAGUCGCACAUCAUCGGCGCGACGGUGCGCGCGCAGCUGAUCCGCACCCGGCGCACCAAAGAGGGCGAGGAGCUGGCGCAGUCGCAGUGGGAGCUCGACGUGGGCACCGACGACGGCGACAACAACCUCUUCUUCAUCUGGCCCAUGACGGUCAUCCACCGCAUCACCGAGAGCAGCCCGCUGUACAGCCUGUCGGCCGCAGACCUGCUCGACACCAAAUCGGAGAGCCGCUUCGAGAUAGUCGUCAUCCUCGAGGGCACCAUCGAGUCCACGGGACAGACGACGCAGGCGCGCUCUUCCUACCUGCCCACGGAGAUCCUCUGGGGCCACCGCUUCGAGCCCAUGGUCGCGUACAACAAGGAGCGCCAGGCCUACGAGGUCAACUACAGCCUCUUCAACAAUACCCACACUGUAGACACGCCGCUGUGCAGUGCCAAAGAUCUCGCCGAUUUCUAUCGCCUGCAGGAAUUCGCUCGAUCUCCCGGUACGUAUGUCGUCGGGGACGGCGCUCUGGAAGGGAUGCCAGCAAUAGCGGAUGAAACACGCUGAAAGGCGGGGAAAACCUGCUUUUCGCAACUUUCAUUACUAAUGGGUCUUUAGUGGAACUUAGAAUACAUCAAUAAAUUGUACACUCUUCAAACCAUUACUGGUCUCAUUUCGCAAUGUUAUUAAUGUCCUCACGUCACAAAAAAAAACUCUUUUUCUCAGGUUCACGUGAUGCCUAUUUUUUCUUCGCUUUUUGUGUGGCGGUAGUGGCUGCUCAUGUGGGAACUUGAUAUAGAAAGUUACCUAAAAGUCACAUGUAUGUGUACCUUACCAUGUUGUGUGUCUGUGUGCGAUUAGAAAUGAAUGGCUGGUCCCGGCGGAGGUUCGAGUCCUCCCUAGGGCAUGGGUGUGUGUGUUUGUCCUUAGGAUAAUCUAGGUUAAGUAAUAUGUAAGCUUAGGGACUGAUGACCUUAGCAGUUAAGUCCCAUAAGAUUUCACACACAUUUUUUUCCGACUAGAAUAUUCUGCUCUUACAUGUGUGAUUUUUGUUAUUUGAGACAAUAAAAUGAACACACUCUUCAUACGUUAGAAGGGAACUUACAAAGCAUACUGGAGAUCGUUGCCUAAGGUACAAGUUUUGUAAAUAAAUUUGUUGCGUUAGGUCGCAAUAAGGUUUUAUUUGGUGUGCAUUUGUUACGAUGUGAUGUAUGUAACUGCUGUGUGCCAUUAUCCCUCACCAGGUCCUUGCCACAAUCUUCCUCCCUGUCGGUAGCGUGCUUUCUGUGUGUUGUUUCAAUUUUGGAUUUGGUUUGGGUUCUGCGAGAUAGGGUUACGAACGCAAGCACGAAGAGGAUACGCGCAGCGACUCGACGAGUGGUUAACUACUGACAAAGACACUUGAAGAUCCUAGAAUUAAUCUUGAGCCACCGGAUAUCUGUUCACAGCGUCUGCAAAUUUGAAACAAAGUAUUCGACUCACGACACGCCAAAAUCUGUAAAUAUAAUAUUUACCAACAUCAUACAUCACAACUUCCACAGUACUGUUGUGCUCUAUUACCACUGUUGUUGAAACAAUGAAUCCAGUUUAACCAUCAAGACACAGAUUACCGAACUGUUUCGAAGAUACAAGCACUUGAACGGCCUCAAAAUUGCACAUUCUGCGGAUUUCACGCUAAUGUCUGAGGUCUUCUGAGCAAUAAAAGUUUGCGUCGGCACAUGCCACUUGGUACAACAGUUUUGUUAUUUCCAUUUCCCAGAAGUCAUAGGGUCACAAAAGGAGCAAUGAGGAAAUAGCAACAUCGUCUCACACAGCGCAAGAACUUGCACCGUGUCGGAAGAAUACCUACGUAAUUAAGUCGCAGACAAUCGCUACCUUAUGCCGUGGUUACUCGGGAUCACCACUUCUCCUGAUGUGGCUGAUUACACAAUGCUGGCAGCAGUCAACACUCCUUGUACAGUUUUAGAACAAGUAUAUCAUGGAACGAACGAUGCUUCGCAACCUGAAUUAGGAAACAACACUUACGACGUUCAUACAUAUGUGAACAAAUCUGAUGUUAUUCCGCCCCAGCCCAACUUUCAUUUUUAUUUAAUUUAAAUUUCGUACAAGGAGCUGCUCGUAUUAUCGCGUCUGUACUGCCUAUUGAUCAUUAGUAUUAGUUGUCUUUGGUAAGUUGCAAGUGCGUAGCUCGACUUUUAAAUAACGAACCAUCAUUACAGUUCAAUGCUUUACUGGAUGAUGUAAUACUGUCAAAACUUUUCUUUCGUGCUUUACAAAACAACACACUGUUGUAAGUAAUAUGUAUACAUGGUUACGUUUAUAGUAUAAAACAAAAUAUUUUAGCUAUGUAUUACCUAUUACUUGUACUUAAAAAAAACACUAUUCACGAAUGAUCUCUGUGCCGUUUCGUCAAGAUGUAGCUUUAUGUGAUUUAUUUAGACUAAGAAUCGAUUGAAGUUUAUUAUCACAGAUUUUUUUUUAACUAAAACUGUCAUAAGAAGGUGCAUCUUAACGCGCAGUUCAAAAAAACCUUUGCUCUUCGUGAAUCCUAUAUAAGUAGAUAUCUCUCUAAUUAAAUCUAAAAUUCAAUAACCAUCUAUCACUGAAAGUUAAUUAAUCAUGAUCAGACUUACCGCUUAAGAAAUUUCUUUUACUUGCGACACGACAUGACAUAAUUUCUCCUUAGAUUCUGAAGUAAUGCCGACCUUUUUCAACCAGAGAAAUAAUUGAAUGUUAAGUCAGCGAUGCAAUUUUUAUCGACAAUGUUUACCUCUGUUUUAUUUCGGUUUAAAAUAAAUAUUUAAUUUCUUA